CAAGAUUAUAAAAACAAAAGCAAAACCUUACGAUUUCCAAGCCCCCAGAAAAUCUUUCUUUCUCUAACUUUCUUCUACACCCAUAACACACACACACUCUCUCUAUCACACGCCUACCUACCUACCAUAAAAACCAGAUCAACCCUAACCAACUCUUCCUUUCUUCUUCAGAGCCGUAUACAAAACCCACACUUCAUCUCUCCCGUUCUACUACUGUAUCUGCAGUCAUAUAUUGAUGAAGAAUUUGCUGCUUUGAUAGGGCUAUGGAAGGGAAAGAAGAGGUAAAGAUUGAGAAUAUUGUUGGAUCGUCAACAUUUCCUGAUAAUACUCAGACCAGUUAUCCUUUCCAGGGUGUAUUUGAUUUCUGUGAAGGAGAUAAGAGCUCGUUAGGGUUUAUGGAGCUACUGGGUAUGCAGGACUUCAGUGCUUCCGUGUUUGAUAUGCUGCAGGUACCAUCUGUGGUGCAAGCUGCAGCUUCUAAUCCUGUAGCAAAAAAGAUGGAAUCGCCAGAGGUGUUGAAUCAGCCUGCAACUCCUAACUCUUCGUCGAUUUCCUCAGCCUCCAGUGAUGCUUUAAAUGAUGAACCGGUUAAGGUUGCGGAUAAUGAGGAAGAAGAGCCGCAGAAGACCAGGAAAGAGUUGAAGCCCAAGAAGACAAAUCAGAAGAGACAGAGAGAGCCGAGAUUCGCAUUCAUGACGAAGAGCGAAGUUGAUCAUCUGGAAGAUGGGUACAGAUGGAGAAAGUACGGCCAGAAAGCUGUGAAAAAUAGCCCCUUUCCUAGGAGUUACUAUCGUUGCACCAGUGCCUCCUGUAAUGUGAAGAAGAGAGUAGAGAGAUCUUUCAGUGAUCCAAGCAUAGUUGUGACCACCUAUGAAGGCCAACAUACCCAUCCUAGCGCUGUCAUGGCCCGUCCAAGCUUUACUGGAGCUGCAUCAGAGUCUGGUUUCUCUACUUCUGCUUUUGCCAUGCCAAUGCAAAGAAGAUUGUCACACUUUCAGCAGCAGCAACAACCCUUUCUCAAUAGCUUCACAGCUUUGGGUUUUGGUUAUAAAGGAAACACGAAUGCUACUUUUCUACAUGAGAGGCGCUUUUGCACCAGCCCAGGGUCUGAUUUGCUUGAAGAUCAUGGGCUUCUUCAAGACAUUGUCCCUUCCCAUAUGCUAAAGGAGUAGACGAGAACACGUUAUUACUUUGAAGUUCCAUUAACUGACUUUAAAGGAGGUAUAGAUGAAGGGGAGGUGAACAUGAAGGGGCCUCUACUGAUAUAUAUAAAAAUAUAUAAAAAUAUAUAGUCUGUAAUUUUCUUUUUGACAGGUCAUGAUCUCUCUUGAAGAAGAACCAGACUUCCAUUUACACAAGCUCUGAUGAAUUCACUGUAAGAUGGGGUUUUUCUCGAAUGACAAGGACUAGUGUCUUUGUUGGAUUCGGUUUCCUGGCCAUUGCUUCUAUUUCCCCCACCUCUUUCUCCCUCCUCCUCCUCAACCCAACCGCCAACGGCCCCACCCCUUCUUUUUCCAUUUCUGUGGUUUUGGGUUUGUAGGGAUUACAGAUGAUAUAGAAAAUGAGGUUAUUUCAACUUUAA